AGAGAGAGAGAGAGAGAGAGUCAACGAGAUAACAUGCGUUACGGUUUUUGAAAAAAGUACGGCAAUACUCUGAUGCCUCCUUAAUUGAUUUCAUAAUGGCGUACAGUUGACCGCGAGGUUGCAUGUUACUCAUGUGAGCUUGUACGUUACUUUAACCAAUCACGACAGCUCUCUGGCAAGCCAUGUUUGUUUUAUACUAUAUUCUUUUAAAGUGAGAUAGACGACCACGUGGCCGGAGCGGCCAUGCUGAAAUAAGUCGUGCUUCGUUAUAACCAUUUAUAUUAUUGACAUGUUGAUUAUUUUAGCUAUGCGACUAAAGUAAUCGUCAAAUCAAUAAUCCAAAUUAUUCAAUCGUCAUGUAAUCACAAAUAAUUUAACCGAUUGAUAAAAUUGAUUAUUGAUCAGCGUUCUACGCUAAUUUUUCUACUUAGUUCUAACGAAAUCUGUAUACGAGCGGUCGGACGUCUAAUUUCAGACGUGUAUACAUGUUUCAUUAAGAAACGGCGCUGAAACCGCGACGUCCUCCGCGGCCCCAAUUACCGCCGGUGCAGCUGAAACAGCCGAAGGAGAACAACAAUCUACGGGGAGGUAGACUCCCGAGUUUGGUCACAUUAAUCUAACGCGGACGUAGCCUGGAUAGACGCGUCGUACACAGCUUGCUUUGAAAUCGACCACGAUCGCGACAAGGGCGUUCUUAAUUAAGUUGUGCGCGAUUGCGUGUUGCGCUCGCUCACUCACUCGCGCGUCACGUAGACGACGUUUCCCGACGACGCGUCGCCGUCAGCGGAACGGGGUGUCGAUGGAAGACAAACGAGGGAAGAUAUAGACGUCGGCGGAUCAGAACAACGGACUUUUAUCAAUGUUUCCAGCUGAUGUGGCGCUUUCACAGAGGUUUGAUCGCGUUUUCCGACUGAAACGUUCCGAGCGGAAUUAUUUUCUUCCCGAUCGUUUUUCUCCCCUGUCUCGCUUAUCACAAUCCGUGGUCGCGAUAUUUCUUGCCUACCGUGCUCGUCGCUCGCGAAGGCCGGCCUCGUACAAAUUACGUAAUGCCGUUAUUAUAGCGCGGGUAAAGCCGCGUAGCGGAAAGAAGUAGCUUGGCAUUAUUGGAUCAUGGGCUCCGAACGGAUCUCGUUAUCCUCGAAUACGAAACGGGCAUCUGCUCGUCCAACGUGACGCUCCGAUAAGAACGUCGCAUCGAUAAACGGAAGAAUGGCGGCCCGAGCGGAACAUCGUUCGCGUUAUUCGUUGAAAACGGAAACUCACCUUCCAUAUCCGCGCAACAGAUUUCCGGUAGACAGACCUCGACGGAGCAGACCUUAGUCGAAAUCUUGGGCCUGCGACGUUUCUCCACCUGUUCUUUCGACUCCACGACCGAAGCUACUAUCGCCGCCGCCUUCUCCUCCUCCUUCUCGAAGACUGUCGUUUCUCGCGUUAGAGACUCGGCCGGAAGUUCAGGCUUUAUCGCUUUCCUCGUCUUCACCUUUCUGACAGGCUUCGUCGGCUGUUCUUGCUCUUUGACUAUUUGCUCUUCCGUCUUCAAUGGCACACGCUUCUUUCGUCUACGCAACAUUUCCUGCGAGAUUUUCCGUUCGUCAUCCACCAAAGGCGCGUAGCUGGCGAAUUCCUGGAGAAACGUCGAGAUCAAAGUUCUCAUGAGAAUCUCUCGCGUGUACUGCGUCGUUGUUAGUUACAAUCGUGUUUUAAAAUCCGCCGUGACGGCUAUGCUGUAGAAAGGAUGAACAAUAAUAAGUUACUCGAGGCGCUGUUUUUUUUUUUUUUUUACAGUAUAGUUUCGCUUUAGCGACGAAAAUCUCCAUGCGAAGACGAGCAACGCGUUAAUUAUUCUCCCACUAUAUGUAAGCGCUGCUCGUUAAUGUUUUAACAUAGACGCAAAGAUACGGGCGUUUUAAACAGACAGGAUCUCGCAUCUUACACGGAGAGUGCUCUUUUCUUCUUUGCGCGACUACUUAAAUUCCUUCCUCACCCUCUCGACCGCGCGAAAAUACGCCGCCUGCGAUUCCAUCAGUUCAGCGUCGUUCGUGAAGAACAAGUCGUUCCUCGCAGUUUUCCUCGACCGAGAUUUCGUCCGGGGCAGCUCGCUCUUUUCCCUAAUCUUCUCCUUGUGUCUCAUCUUAUUCUCCUCUUUCUUUUGCUUGGCCUUUGACGUGGACGUCGAGGGGCGUCCAUGGACGUCCGCCGCGGGAUCUUCGCGAGCGUUUGUUCGCAUCAGCCGUAUUUCCUUCAAUCGAGUGUCGACGGUCUUUUCGAAACGACUGCAGCUCUCGAGGUACUACAGUAAAGGACACGCCGCCUUUCAUCUUUGAUCAGCGUAAAGUGACGUAAGAUCAAAGUUGGAAAUACACGUUCAAAUUCGAAGAAAAUAGCAAGCCGGAAAAUUGGAGCUUGCAAGUGCGUAAUGCAAGGGGAGACGACAAAGAGAUGCUCUCUUUUCGCGGAUAGUAUCAAAAAUCAAAUUUGAGGCGUGUAUCUUCUGGGACGAUGCGUGUACACAUCGUCCUUUUUUUAACCAAUCACUGGAGCUCGUCGAGAUACUCACGGAGUUUAGAUUUGUCUUGUCGGCCUUGGAGCUGAUGGUGUGUCCUUCGGCGCAUUGCACGAGAUAUAUCUUACCGUUGUGAGCACCGACGGCCAGGAGAUGACCGGCUUCGUGAGGCGCGAUGGUCAUGAGACGCUCGUCGCAGACGCGGAACAUGGCUACCGGCGCGUCCACGCCGUUAAGGACGUCAUACACCUCAAGCAGGCCUGUCACACUUAUGGUGAAGAAUACCGAGUGUCUGGCCCUGCUCCAGCAGCCUCCGCUUAAAUCAGUGUUCUGUUCGCUGUGCGCGCACGAAAUUUUAUCUUUUACUCUUGCUCUCUCUCUUUCUCCUGCGCACUCGCUCGGAACGAUAACAACAUUAACCCCGAAAGUACGCGGGCAAAAAUGACGAUCGAAACCGUCGUUUGACGGCGAUAAACAAGACAUUAAUCGCGCGAUGCAACUCUGUUUACGCGUUCCGCUCUGUUCCGCGCUAAAUAUUCGCGGCUGUGCUGUACCUUCAUGCACUAAUCCGAAGAGAGGUACCGCAUACUGACGAUGUUGACGAUAAGAUGUAUCAGCGGUGGUGUAUUGUAUCGUAAUAAAUAAUCAAUAUAUGUAGCGCGAAUUUGGAUUGGAACAGAUAGUUUGGAAGCAGAAGCUUGAUUAUUUCGAGAAUCGCGCAAAUUUGAAGCAAUAGUAGAAGAUCGAACUGAUCAGGCAGCCCAACUCUAACAGUGGCGGCUUGAACUGAUAGCAAGUACCCGAAAGCUCUCGCUUCACCUCGCGCCACCAAACCGGUCCCAACGCGAGUAACAUCAGAUCCGAGAGAUCCGUCACUUUGGUCAAGAGUCGCUUGCUUUAAUCCGAUUAAUUUUAACCAACCAACCGAAUGGUGAUCAAGCUAUCCUCUCUGGUAUCGUCCGCCCAGAUCUUAGCGGUGCAGUCGCCCACGGUGAGGAAGUUCUUUGGGAUGAAGGGGUUUCGAUCGAUGGCGAUGACCGGGCCGUGAUGACAGUUGAAUCUAUGGGCAAGCUUCUCCACCAGAGAUGCCGUCCGGCGAUUGACAUUGACUACCACGCCGUUUUGCAUGCCCGCCAUGAACCUGUAGCCCAUGGUGGGCUCAAACUGCAGCGACGUGACGCCAAUCGCCUUGACGACAUUUGCGCGAGCCGGCUCAUCCAGGUCCAUCACCAGCACAUCGGUCGGCUGCCUCAGCUUCCUGAUGUCCCACCACCUGAUCGUGCCGCUGGUGGACGCCGAGAAGAACUCCGUGUUGGUCUUGGAGACGAGCCAGAGCGCCUGGUUCGCCGGGUUUCUUUGCGAGUUGCCAGCGAAAAGGGGAGAAGAAACGAGAGUGACGAGGAUUACAAUUUGGCAGCGAGGCGGUCCUUUGGAAGCGUUUUGCCGCCGUGACGAUGAUGACAAUGACAACGACGACGACGAGAUCACGACCGCGUUUGCAAAACGAGCGAGGGAGAGGAGUCACGGCGAUCUGUAAAGCCAGUCGGCUGUAGACCGCUUCGUAGCGUCGACCUGCGACAGGCAGCUUGUACCGUUUAAUUACCGUCUAAUUCAGUUAAUUGACCGACAUAGGGCUCGACGAUGGGGAACGAGGUCACACUUUCUCGGCUCGGCACGAUCGGAUAGAACGGUACGUCUCUCUAUUGUCGUUGAUUUCGAAAUUUAGCUCGACCGAAGUGGAAAACGCGAAGCCAAUAACGGCGAUCUCAAUAACGUCGCGGGGACUCUCGAUAAUAAACUUAAUAACGGCGCAAAGCUAUCAGGAAAUUACGAGCAUUCGUUUAAUGCAAUGAAAUUAGAAUCAUAAUGUAGAACGUUAAAGGAACGUUAAGCGAAAGUGAAAAAGAGAAUUAUCGAAAGCUGCUCGAGGAAUAUACACGAUUAUUUGAGCAAAAUAACGGCGCAGAUAUUAAUUAAAUGUAUGCGAGUAAAUGCAGUUAUGUAUGCAGCAUGUAUGCGAUAAAAAUGCAGCUUUCUGCUUGUAAUUUAUACGUGGGUGGUCAAGCAUUGCCAAUUGUAUUAACACGUUCUCGUCGAUGUACGAUGCCCGCCGCAGGAUGCAUUAAUCUAGGCAUUAGAAACUACCGUUUGCACGGCUUUGCGGCGUUUCUCUCGGAGGAUAUUUGCGAUUCCGGACGCCAUACGUCAAAGUCAAGCACGUUCAAGUUCUGGCCAAUAAUCUCGGCGGAUAGGUGUAAGUCCUAGGGAACUUCCCAUUCGGAGAUGGAUAGGUACCUGUGGCUAAACUGAAGAUGCGACAUUUGCACUGGCCUAUUCCCAAUCCGAGUGUCCCAGUUGCACACUUGGCCAGACAUUAGUCCGCUAAUGAGCAUCGACGGAUCGCGCGGAUUAAACUCGAUGGUCAUUAAUGGCGACGAAGACCUCAGUUGCAUCACCGGCUUGUUCGGGUUUUCUGCAACGAGAUGCAAUUACGCGUCGUAUCAUUUCCUCUUGGGAGCUUAACUAUUGCUGAAUAAAUGUUCGGCCAAAUGCCCAAAUAUUGGGUUGUUUUUAAACUUCGUAUAAAAACAUAUAAAAUAUCCUCUCAUUAUAUUCGUGCGCGCAUUCUCUUCUCUUUGCGAAACGCAAUAAUUCGUUUAUUGCGAAAUUGAGGAGUAACCCAAAAUUGACGAUUAAAUGGACAGGCAUUUUCUCACGCGCACUUUAAAUUUUUUUGUGCUUAUGCUUUAAAUAAAAAUAUUCGUAUUGCUAAAGGGCUUGCAUAAAGCUGGCUCGUUUUUAAUAUAAAACUUGAAAAUAUUUUUAUUGACGGUUUUCCGCAUGUAUGUUUACUUGUCUCUGUAUCUAUAUGUAUAUUUUAUAUGUCUAUAUAUAUAUAUAUAUAUAUAUAUAUAUAUAUAUAUAUAUAUAUAUAUAUAUGCAGUAUCUGAAAUCUGUGUUACACUCGUGAAGAAUUUUAUACCGCGCCAUAUUAUACAGCCGGAAAUCAUGUUACUGGAAAUGCGUUCGGCUUUAUAGGAGAUUGUUUUUGUCAUGUGAUACGUUUCUGUCAAUAACAAACGUAAACAACACGCGUGCGCGCCGCGCGCGACGUCUGGUAUAGAUAUAAAGAUUCACGUCAGUGAGACACAUUUCAAAUAUUAUGAAGGACUUUGAAACGGCCAAUCGAUUUCCGCAACCAGAACCAGGACGGGCGAAUGACAGGUCGCGUUUGACGACGACACGAUGAAACAUACUUCCGAUACGUUGUAAAACGUGUCACCCGACACGCUAAAAAACAGAAAAGAAAUCUGCGAACGAGCGAGAGAGAGAGAGAGAGAUUAAUAUAGAAGGAAAUUUAAUAAAAUCCAGAAAUUCGAGGAGAAGUUGAUUCGCGUGAAAUACAACAGAAAAUUAAUUUGCGUGAAAAUUUCAAAUUAUUUUAAUAUUAAAAUUAUACAGAAAAUUGCAUGAAAAUAAUAUCAAAAAUAAUCAAGUGAAUUGCAUUGGUUCGGUUUCAGUAGAGGUAAUUUUUACGCAGAAUUUUGAACUCCCAUUUCGCGUGACAUAUCGACGUAUCGUUCAAAGCGCGUUUGUUUAUUUGAAAACGUCUCGCGGUGACGACGAUGCUCGCGUGAUAAUUUCAAACGACACUCUACCAAUGUCCCAUAUAUAGGAGCAAGGAUCCACGCUGGGUGGUUGCCUCUCGAACUCCAUGAAAGAGUAAGCGCCGGCCAAUCGAUUAUGUUCGCCGGACGACCACGAUAGAUGACUGACCGGUCUUACGAUGGGCUGCGGGUCGACGUACACAUUUGACGUCCUGAAAGACAAAAGGAAAGUCACAACCCCCGCGAGAUUCGUAUAAAAUCGCACCCGUGGAAAUCCCACUUUUCGCUUUCUCCUGUACUUUUUUAAUAAAAUUCCCACGCGGGGCGCGCGUAAAUCAUCCGCUCAGCGACGCGACGAUGAAGGACCGUUGCUUUUACACGUUGCAGACGUCAUUUCUUCCUUUUGUCCCUCGUUCGUGCGGCAGUGCACUUCGUGAGCGAGCCGAUUAAUUGUAACGACAGCCAUGGAUUCUUUGUUAACGUUUCGAGAGGAUACGAACGAACGAGAGGAUAGAAGCGAACGAACACCAUUAGCUCUUGGAGAGACGUAACGGCGAUUUCUUCCUGUCGCGAUCAAAAUGGUUUUCCCCGCUCCGUUUCAAGGAUUUGUCGGACGCGAGAGCGAGACGACAGGACACUUCUGAUCUUGUAAAGAGAAAAGCAAUGCGAGGAACAAAAUGUUGUCUCGCAGCGUGGCUGUUCGUGAGAACGCGGCUUCCGUCUCGAAUUUUAUCCGAUUAUUCUUUCAACUCUCUCUCUCUCUCUCUCUCUCUCUCUCUCUCUACUUCGCGAAUGCUCCUCUCUCGCGCUUCGAUGAAUCCCCGAUGGAGAAAAGAGAGGACAAAAAUAUUAGAGACCGUUAUCUCUCCCGUUUUCAUUUUUUAUUCGUUAGAAAAAGAAAUGUUUUUAAUCGAAAUGUUUUUUACCGGUGUCUGCGGAUUAAAUUGGGAAGAUAAGUAGUGCAUUCACCGUGUCAAGCAUUGCUACAAAUUCAAGAGCGUCGUCGCAGCGUCGCAGACGGCGACAUUUAGGGACUCACGUGUGUGCACAUACGAGGAAAGAGGAUCAAUCCGCUCGCGUGGAUCGAUAUCCGGCCUGAGAGCGGCGGAGCACCUGCGAGAAGCGCAACACGUGUUCGGUCGCGCGAGGAAGAAGACGGAGAAAAUUCGUGACUCGCGUUAAACAAGCGUCGCAGGACGAAAAGCCCAGCGAGAUAAGCGAUUUUCCUCCCGUGAGCCGCUCGACGACAACGUCAUCCUCCAGCGAAGCGACACAUCGAUUUAUGGAUUCGCCGUCCCGUCAAUAAGUCGCCCUUCAUGUAAAAUACGCGAAGAGUUAGUCGAGAUACAGCGGGACGAUAAGAGUAUACGUAUCUCGUGCGCGUAUCGGAAAAACGUUGCGAGUGGAUGUGUUUUCGAAGAGGAAGAUUUCUUUCAAGUUAGCGAGUUAUUGGACUAUUUUUUCUCGCGUCACGAGAUGCGCAAAAACUGCCUGUGGAUUUAUGAAAGCCGGCCUUUAUCAGUCUGGACAAGAACGCGAUCGGCGAGUGAGUUGCGAGGAAGAUCGUACGCGUCGCGUAUGAUAAUUCUGCACGUGAGCGCGAUUUGUUGGGGGAGAUUUAAUCCAGCAGCGAGAGGAAGCGCACGUCGGACUUGGAAUGUCCCCGAGAUAUCGCCGAUAACAGGAUUUGCAGUUCAAUACCGGUCGAUUGCAAAUAAAAAAAAAAAACGGGUGAUCGGGUGCGCAUCAUCUGGAACCCGAGUUUCGCGAGCUCUCUAAACAAACAACUCGCACGAACGUCGUUAACGUCGUUUUCGUCGGAUUCCAAUUAAAAAAUAAUAACGCGCUGCGCGUGAGAAUAACGACACCUUGUGAGCUUUUUUUACCAUAUCUGCAAUUUCUCUAAAACUGUGACGUUUGCAAAUUACAAAUUUUGAUAGCAAUGAAAAUGCGACAUACCUCACACCGCGAGGAAGGACCAGCGCAGUCGGCACUAUAUCAUCGAAAUAAUGUUCGUAAAUGUUGAUCGCGCUAUUCUGCUUCAUGCAGCGCUCCAUAGGCUAAACGCGACAAAGCAAUGAAUCGAUAAUUAGUCGACGGAAAUUAAUAACUAAACAUCAUCGUGUAAGAGGGAGUUGUCGAAAAUAUUUUUUUAAUGCUUAUAUAGCAUGCACAAAAUAAGAUGUAAUUUAACUAUUUUUAUUUAUAUUCCUUAUUGCUCAUUUAUUUCUCAUUUCUAUCAAUUAGAUUCGUUCAUAUUCAAUAAUAAUAAAGAAAUUAACGAGGAUUUAGAAGAUAUAGUACGAUUUUGACUACACGAUGCCUUUCUUUACUCAACAGUCAGUCAGUUUCUUCGACAGUCUCUCCGCAGUAUACGAUGAUGUCGAAAAGUAGACUUAAAUAGUCAGAAUAUAUCUAAUAAUAAAUAUCUUAAAAAACCGCUCUCUCUCUCUCACGCCGACGAGUGUCUUCAUCCUCGGCUGCCAAUUUUCGCCCCGCUCGACGCGCCGGCGAAAUCUGUACGUGCUUUCUUCAUCCCUUGGAUUUAUCUCCUUGGGCCAACCGCCCUCGAAGUGAAACAUCCCCGUAUCGCUCGUCGCCUUAUUGACGGUUUGCAUCUGACACGAAGGAGCAAAAAGAGGUAUCACGAGUUGGCGGGUGCAACGAUGAAGUUCUGAGAGGCGACCUCGUCACAAUCCCUCGACAGCCCGUCAUCGUCCUCACCUCUUCUGAGCGUCUUUUUAUCGCAAACGUAAAACCUUAGCGCCACACUUAACGCUCAAGACGCCCUUGAGGAACGUGUCGCGACGGUUAAAGCCGUUUACUCGGGAUAAAAUGCAAUCUCCCACCCUCUCUCGCACUGCACACUUUACAUUAUCAAUCCAUAUCUCCAUCGCGGCGCGGCUUACCUGUCUUCCAUAAGACGCGAAUCCCUACCCAUCCGCCGCGGGCUCGCAAUAAACAAUUUACGACACGUUUUAACGUAAAGCCCGGUUUAUGUUACGGCACGUGUUGUCAAAAACGUUCUCAUAAAUAUUGAGCCAUUACGUUUUCAUGGGAUUAAAUUUGCCGGAUUUUAUUUUUAUUGCGGAAAGAGCGCGUGGUCCGACGUAAAUUGAUGCGGGACGCGCGCGCGGAACAAUAUUACAUUUGAAUUAAACUUUCCGCGAGUUCCGCUUCGCGCGCACGCGCGCGCUCGUGAAUACUCCGGGAUUUCCAGGCGUAAAUUUUGCAUAUUUUUGUGGUGUCCCGAAUAAUACCUAAUUUACAACGGCGUAAUUCCUGAAAUGUAAGAGAUACGAAAGCUUGAAAUCGCCGUGCUUACAAAUCCGAGGCGUUUAUUAAUUUUCGGAAUAUGAAAUCGCGACCACAACGGAGCUGCUGUGUAGAAUUAGUUCGAUGGUGAUUCAACGCGAACAUUUCCAUAAUCCGCGUUCUCCCUUAAAUCCCACGGUAUACAUGGUAUAUACGGAGUGUCUCGAAUAUAGAACUCAUUAGCGUUCAGUUGAUGCUGAAUUUGUGAGUGAUAGUUUGAAACACACAGCUCUGUAUCGCACGGUAACAUCGGCAAAACGGGAAUAUCAACGAAGAAACGUCGUUUGGAACUUCUCAUUCUUCAUUCGCGUUAAGAAUUAUUCAAUAUCUCUUUCAACAAUCCGCAAGAGACAGCUCUCCUACGUCUUAAAGUAUCUGUUCAAUUUUUCGAGUUUCUUCUCUUUCUUUUCACAAAGGACUUUCCUCGCACUUUUAUUACAUUAUUUUACGGCCAUUCCCAGCGCGAGUCGACUUGUCUUCUUUUGAUUAGCGGGAGAGUUGCCGCGGCGAAAGUUAUCGAAGUUACGAAGAUUAAUACUGAAGAAGCCGAACUUUGUUCCCUUCGGGCUCUGCGAUUCCCUCACCUCAUGAAGGGCAAAUUGCGCGGACUUCUGUUCGCCGCGGUCGCAGUGGCUCCGUUGGACGUAGCGCCGCAUGAGUCGCGGAUCCGGCGGGAUGUUCUCCUCCACGUUGAUCUCGCUUUCCUCGAAGAAACAUUGCUUACCGAACUGCGACCUCGGUUUGAUAUAUGCGUACUGGAUCAGCAUUAUUGGAAACCGUUCUCCGCCGAACUGGGACGUAUGUAAAACGGCGAAACGACGGCGGACGGAAGGGCCUUUAAAUUAUUUAAAAGGAAUAGGCCGAAGAAAUUCGGCGCGCGUCACGCGUUUACCUAACCGCCGAUACUUUUCACGCACGAGCGCUUGAUCGAGAGAUGCACACAUGACACGUGCGCUCAAUAUAGCAGCAUGACGAGCCAUUAAGACGAUGUUCAGCUUGUGAAACACGGACCAUGGCUUGAAACCGGGAAUAAUACCGGGUGUAACGAGAUAAUGGGCGUCUUGAGCAACUUCCCCCACGUGUUGGCUACUUGACACGGUGGGCCUCGCGCGUGUUCUCUCGUCAUUGAUGAGCCUAAUUACGCGCGAUUACGAAAGUGCUGGUAAGGAUGCUUCUCAAAUAAUUCGAUAAAAUUGCAAUCGACCAUUUCUACCAUAUUCGUUGCGCGAGAUGUUGCACAGGCAGCUGCACAACUCCGAUAUCUAAUUAAUUCGGCAGUCGUACUCUUUAAACGGAAACUAUUACGAGAGAGAAGAAACUCGAAUGUAAGUUCGCGAUUUCAUUUGCUCGCGGCGAGCGCAGUGCUUCUCCAAUUUGCUUACUUACAGUGAGAAUCGCGCGGAACUUUCCAACAGAGUUGCGCGAAAAAAACAAACAAUAUUCAAGCCUCGCGCAGCGUGUCGGAAGUAUCUCUUACUUUGCGAAAUAAACGAUACUUCCAGAGUUCGGACGGAUUGAUAUCUCAAAGUAAACACGCGUGAUGGGACACGCGUAGGAAAACUUAGCGAUCCUCGUCGUGACGGAGGGAGGAUAGAAAGAGAAAGAGAGAGAUAGGGAGAGCGGUUGCGUAAUUUCUUGCGCGGCGCUCUGUUUCUGCGGUGCAUCCUCUUUGUGCAUCGGCGAUUCGAUUGCGCGUCAAUUCGCCGCGCUGGAUGCACUCUAUGGAAUUACCGUACUGCGCGCGUUCUCGUUGCUGCCGGACCAUCGCGAUGACAUUAUCCCUUCGCCGAGAGCUUUCACAAUUUCUGCGGCCCGCAAUCCGACGUCCGCUAAUCAACGCUUUCGCGCUACCCGAUAAAUCGGAUGAGCCGCCGGAGCGCUGCACCUAAUGAAUCAGAUUCAAUGCGGAGCCAGCGGCAUUGUGAUCGAUUAUCCUGCGUAGGCGGGCACGCGAGUCUGGAACUUGGCGAUACCCCAAUGCCGGAUUCAAUUUGUGAGUCCCUAAUGGCCGCGCGAUCGGCUCGUCGAAGUUUUAAGAAAUUGGACGCUGCGUCCAAUAUAUAUGUCGACGAAUGGCACGCCGAGCUACUACGAUCGCCCGCUGAUUUAAUGCCUCUAUUAUCGUAGAUGGAAUCGGCAACGAUCGUCCGGAACGCAAAAUUCACUCUUGAUGCUUCUCUGAUGAUCUUAUACAAGAUCUGACUCUACAGCUCCGAGUUCUUCCUUCGUUAAGAAUUCUGUGUAGACUUGAACAUAACAAUCGCUUGCUCAUCGACAUUUGGACAAAGAUUUAAAAUAGACGAAAAUGGUCAGUUCCUUUUAAACGUUUCCAAAACAUGAAGAUUUUAGAAAUACCUUCAAUUAGUUGAAAAAUUGGUGCUUACUUUUUCCUAAACAUUGAUUGAUAUAAAAAGUUCGUCAAACAAAAUAGAAAACAAAAUUAUUCAAUUUCGGAGGAUCAAUAAUUUUUUCGAAUAAAAUUAACCAUAUUGACUCGAUAUUUUUAUAUAUAAUGAGGAUUUUCUGUUUUCUUUUUAAUACCCGAACUCAUUACGAGAAUUUGAUAGAAAAAUGACAAGUUUUUUUGCACCAAACUAAUGCAACCUGUCGAUCCGUCUUUGCCACGUGUCGAAGGUAGAUCAACGAUUCCAUUGCAAGUUACAGGUUCCACGAGCAACAGCGUCACACGAGACGCGUGACGAUAUCGCGAAUCCCGAAUCUGAAUCAAAGAUCCACGAGAUUAGCGGCAGUUUGCGCAGCCGUAAACUAAUGACAAUAUUAUUCUGCCGCGAACGUCGAGUUCGCCGCGGAAUUCGCCAAUCAAUGUCCUCGCACGAGUUCUCAAAUCGGAUAAGCCCGGAGAUUGAGCCACUCGUAAUGAAUCGGAUCGAUUGGGGGAUCGGGCUUCCCUGCGAGCGUACGUGCGGCGACACAUAUCGAAGAUGAGCCUGAGAGCGCGCCGCUAAAGCGAUUUAGCCACGGAUUCCAAACCGCGGUGGCGUCGCGAAUGGAAAGUUGGAAAUGGAAUUCGCAGGACCUCGGCCCCGCGGUUCCGGAGUUCCCUGAAUUUCGGCGGCAAUUAGGAGCGACGUUCAAUGGACGAUCACAGCGCGGCGGCCAAGUUGCGAGAGAGGGACUGGAAAUUAAUUCGGCCGUUGAAACGAAGUGAUAGAAGCGAUGGCUUCUCACGGUUACGUUACAUCGGCGGGAUAAUUCUAUAAAUACAAAAUUUAGGCCGGUAUUCAUAGUCAGAUCUUAUAUUUAAGACUGUCUAAUUAUAAGUUUAUCUUCAGAUAUUAUACGAGUCAUUUCAUUGGCUACGGAAUAUCUAAAGAUGAACUUAAGACGGUUUUAAAUAUAAGAUCCGACUUUGAAUACCAGCCUUAGAGCGGGGCAAGGACGCGAGCGCAAAUUAUAAUCUCUCAUGAAGUCCUGCUUGUCUGUCGUAAACUUCAGGCCGUUCACGAGUGGACGCACACGUCGACACGUGUCGCGUCAACAUUUCCUCAGCAGUCUCAAAAUUUUAGUGAAUUCAGACGAAUAUACCUUUUCGAUCACUCCUGAAUUCUGCACGAUUCUUGCAAAAUUAAUUUCGCCAACUUUCUGGGGAGGAAACACAUCCAUUUCGUCGUAUUUGACGACUUCGUGAAACUUCUAAAAUGUAACCUCUUGGAACUAAUGGGCUCGCAGGGGCAAUAAGAUGUCAUUGACGAUAGCAACCGUAAAAGUAAAAAUGUAAAAGUGCAGCCGUGAAUUCCGUUCCGAGAGGCUCCCAGCGAAAAAAAUGUUGAAAGCUCUUUGGCAAAAGGUGUCCAGAAAAGCGACCUCGACGUCGCGCGCGCUCAGGAGACCCUCGACGUUGCCGAGAGAGUCGGAGAAAUCUAUGAAAGAAAAACUUCGAUCGUCUCAACAAGCCAAGAUUUACGAAACGAGCUCCUCGCUUGGCGGUGUCGCGAUGCUUUUAUCGAAUGAAAAAUCACGAUUGUCGCGCGCGUUAAACGAGCAUCUGCGGAUUUCUCGUCGAUUAUUGGAACUGCGUGUUAUUCCAAAUACCAUGACUUCGCGUAGAAAUUCGAGAAUGAUAGAGAGUGACAUGUUAAUGGGCAAUUUGCUAUUUGCCCGACGUAAUAUCGUCGAGGGUAUAACUACUCGGCUUAAACGAUGGAGAAGUUCGCAGUCCAGCUGCGAGAAGGAUAACUGUUCGAAGAAAUCUCCGAGGUGUAUCGAGGACCAUCAGCAGUCCGCGGAAUCCUGCGGGAAAACGAUCGAAAAGUGCAGUGACGGUCAUCAAACAUCCGCGGAAUGUCGUCCAGGUUCUUGCAGCGAUUUAUUGAGUCAUCAAGAGUAUUAUCGGUCAAUCGAAUCCGGCUGUCCGAUCUAUUCGCGCAAACCUGCGCGAUAUAAUGAUCGGCGAGCAUGCGAUUCGCUAAUGUACGAUUCAACGACACGAGAUUCUCGUGAAUGCUCGCAAUCUGAGAUCGAUGAUGCAGACGUGAGACGAGUAAUCUUUUCUAAGCGCUGGACCACCGGGAAAUCGGCGACGGAAGGAGAAAUCCAUCGUCAGUGCCGGCUAAAGCUGUGCUCUUCACCUUAUAGAAGCAAUCGUGAAGAAGACAAAUGUUCUCCAUCAUAUACGCUGCCAGAUUGCAGCAAAGAGAAAACGGAAGAUGUGGGGAGAGAUGAGCUUAGUAGACCUGUUUGUAUUUCGCAACAAUGUCCUAAAUCAGAACCCUCAUGUCCCGAAAAAAUUCGCGCAUCGAUGGAAAAGGAAGCUCCCUGUGUGGGAGAUACCAUGUCAAGAAAACAUCCAAUACCAGAUCCUUACGAAGAUCAGACGAAACCCGACCCUCCGCCACCAAGACAACAACACUGGACGGAAAAUCUGCCGGCUUAUUGCGAAUAUUGCGUAAGGAAGACUCGCAAAUCGAUCGUAGAGCCCUCGCCAAUGAUGUUUGUUCCUCACAGGGAAUCGCGGAAAUCUCGGACGAAAGACGCCAAGAUACCAUGCUCUGCGAGUAACGCGGAUAGAAACGGAAUAGACGCCAAGACGAAGGUAACUCGCGCAAUGCCGCGGUCGCAGGAAAGCCUACCGCAAAAAUCCGCCGAAGACAAAUGCGUCGAUUCUCUAACGUUUCCCGUAGCAAUUAAUGCGACCAAGCCGAAAGCUCAGCUGUCUCCAACAUUAACAAAGAGCGGCAGUUGUUGCGCGAAAAAGGAGUUCGUCAUCUCAGACGUGAGCGACUGUAAGCCCAACGUGGCGAGCUUGAAGUAUCGGUUGAGCAAAUGUCCCUGCAUCAAGGAGAUGUGGAAGAUCGCCGAUCAGGAGUCACAGGUUGACAUUAACAAAGCGCGUCGAAAGCGGCGAGUACCUUCGUCCCACACGGGGAAGACGAAAAAACCGCGGCGGGAAACCGCGAAGAGGAGGAAGGGAAAGAGGAUCGAAUCGCGUAAUGGAUGGACGCGACAGAGGUACAAAGUUCGCCUGAGGAUUUUUCAGAAGAGAAACGAACAACUCGAUCCGUCGCCAAUCGCCGAGCUGAGACAACCGCGCUGCGAACAAGCCAGAUCGUCGAAACUACCGUUGAAAUCUACCGUGCGCGGGGCUGAACUUUCGCCGCGAUUGGGAAGCCCGCGUCCAUCCGAUUAUUGUCCAGCCGAGCGGCCGCUUGUCGAGCAUAAAAGUUACCCGACGAAGAUGGACGAGUGCAGGACGGCACGCGACGAAGGUUCGCAAAAGUGCAACCGCAAGAAGCGCUGCUGAGUUUUUGGAAGCUACUUUAUACGAACGCUCGGAAUUCGCGCCAGCGAAUUAAGACGCCAUUAAUUUCGCGAUAGCUGCCAACUUUACGCGGCCACUUUACGCUCUCGCGGCUACAAGUUGAAACUUCAACGGCACAAAUAAACGCAAAGUGACUGACAAAGGUGUCUGUAUUAAUAAUAUCGCGGUAAAUAUUUCCGUUGUGCAGCUGGCGACUGCGAUGUUGGCGCAGUUAAAAAUUAUAGGUUAAAAAUUAUAGGUUGGUUAUUCUUCCGUGAAACGCGGAAGAGUCGAGUGGAAACACAAGGUUCAUUGAAGUAACAGUCCGCUUUGCGCAGCCCCUUCAACGAGAUCUAUGUUUCCCGGGAAUUUCACAAAAUAUGAAACUAAUGAUACGUUCGGUAAUUGUUUGCGCUGCGACGUGGAUACGCGCGUAAAAAAAAUAGCACGGACGUUAAAGCACGUCCGCUGUAUUAUCCGCUUCCACUCUCUCUCUUUCUCUCGCGUGACAAUUAUUUAAUCUCGCUAAAAACGCGAGGACAUUAGAAGUUUGUGCAAACAGAAUUUGCACAGUGUCCGUUUAAUUUAUUCCGCCUUGUUUAUAUUAAUAGGAAGUUGUAUAGCGGUGUUGUAAGUGAAAUAUAUGCACGAGACGUCCAAAGGUGGCAUUAUAAAGGUGCAGGAUGGGAGGCGUGGAAAUGAAAAAAUGCAGCUCGGGUGGCCCGAGACGGCUGCAAAAGAAGUCCGCUCCGCAGCAGCUGGCCUCCAACUUUUCACGUUUAUCAUUAUCUCACCCUCUGUUCCUCCCUCGCGUCUUCCCCCUCUCCCCCUCCGCCCUCUCUUUCUCCGAGGCGUCCUCUCUCUUUCGUCGUACACCCUUAUUUUUGUACCCAAUGGAACAAACUUGCGCAUCAAACGCCGUUGUUUUAUGGCCGGUAUACAUUUUCAUUUCCGUCGGAGGAUGAUAUAUCUCGUAGCCCUAAUAAACGCGACUCAGGAUUUAGCAAGCAUUUAUCUUGUCUACAUAGCCGUUGGGUAAUGGGAAAAAAUGGAUACGCGCGGGAGUUCGCGUUAAUCCAAUUCCGAUAAUUAAUGCGAACCCGUGGCAGACGAGAUUUCACAUCCCAACGAAUCUACGCUCCCAAUUUGGUCGAUUUCGUUUUGCAUAACGUUCACGUUCCGCGUAACCGAUGCUGCCUCGUUAAUUCGCUUUCGUAAUUUUACAACGUAACCCGACGAUGAAGAACUCUAAAGUGGCUGUUCAGUCAAGGGGAACUGAACGAACUGUUGCGUGCGCAUAAAUAUACCGUGCGUAAUGCACGUCCGGUUAAUAAAACACGGACUACGCGCGAGUACCUGUUUCCCGAACUUAGAAUUCUAUACUCAGCCAAUGAGCUCGUAAUGCGUACGGGGACAGUACGCGACUCGUUAUGCCGCACCAGUGACUUUAAAAUUGUCAUCCAUCCGCGAGUACGUUAACCCGUAUUGGGUUUUUUCCCUCUCAUUGAAAUCGCGCGCAAUUAAGGAGCGGAGCAACGAUCUGCGGCAUCGGCGAUGUUCACAAUCGUUAACUCCGUUAAUUGAAGCCGACGCACAACCAUGGAUCACGGCCGUUCGGUUGUUUUCUGUAACGGACCUGGUGAACAGAUAGACAGACAGAUAGACAGACAAAAGAAAGGACGGAUGAACGGACUAACGGACGCAGGUACAAGCAACGACAAUCAUGCACGGUAUUUUCAUGACACAUUCAUACGAA